UUAAUUCUUAGAUAGAACAAGACCUUUUCCUUCCUUUUACUCCUCCUCCCGUUGCUCGUAAGAUAGCUCCUCGCGCGCGCUCUCGCACACGUAGCUCCCGCUACGUGAUAUCUACACCUUCAGCCAGAGUUGAAAAAAAAAGGCUUUAAGUUUUUAGGUUAAGUUAAGCAAGGAAACUUAACUUAAAAACAUCUCCCCUGAAAAAUCACCCCUUUAAAAAACGGUCGCUACACCUGGAUUCCUUUCUUUCUUCAAAACCGCCUAGAUCCGGACAGCACAGGGCAACAUCAUAAGAGUCAUGGCAGAAACCAACACAUCCAUCUCUGCUCUUGCCCUCCUAGCAGAACAAGAUCCGCAACAACUCCAGCUUCGUGCUGAAAGCCUUCGCAGCUUGGAGUUUGCUGCCGACGAUUCCAUGCACGAUGGUGCUUUCAGAGGCGUCAAGUUCCCGAUGCUGGAGCGCCUUGUACUCGAUGCAUCGGAUCAGAACGAGGAACCCGCCUCCAGUCCACACUUGCGUAUUCUGAAGCUGAAAUAUUCAGUGACAGAGCAGGCGUCUAUCAGCCCCAGAGAGCUUAUCCACCUCGCACAAGGGCUUCCGCACGCGCAGCAACUGGAAAUCUCAGGCCAUGUCCAAGCUCUCGAACUAGAGAGCAACCACAUGGCCACGAUUGCUGAGGCCUUGCCCAAUCUCAGAAUCCUGCAUCUGGCAUUCGAGUGCUCGUUAACCGAGGCCGCACUUAUCGAGCUCGGACAAAAGUGCGGGAGCGAGAUGACAGACUGCGAGCUCUGGGGAUCUUAUGCCUUGCAAAAUCUCGAAGGAAGCGGUGUGUCCUUUCCUUUGCUGCUAGAUCUGGUUCUGGGAAAACUAGUGCCGCCUGCAUCCGGCAAUACUGACAGUCAGGCAGCAAACGCUGCCCGGCUGGUGAAGGAAUUGGCACCUAGUCUUAGCUUCUUCGACGUUGUUGCUGAAGACUCCUUUGCUACCUUGGUCGACACAUAUUGGAGGGGACCGGCCUGAAAAAAUUAUUUCUCGGCACACUGGCCACGCCGACACUUGUAAUUCCGCAUUACGUAGACGUAGUCUCAGCACCCCACAACUACCUAGCGUAGUCACACUCGAUAGGGAUUGAUACAUCGGUAUCAUGCCAAUUUCCCCUUUC